UCAGCAAGGGAUGAAGAUCAUCAUGGACAUUAUCAAAAUAUCCAAUGGCCUUCCAAUGGGUCAGCAGCGUGAGCUUCUGAAUACCUUUCCAGAAUUUGUCUCAUCGAUCACCAAGGAGGGUGAUUUCAUUCUGUCUGUGUUAUCUAACGCUAUUCGCAAUGAGGGAAUUGCUGGCAAUAUAAUCAGAAGAGAUAUCGAAGAAAAGCAUGAUAUGAUUGUUGAUACAAACGACAUUAUUCUGGAAAGAGUGGACAUCAAUUUGGAUGAAAUUCAAGGAAUAAAGAGGAAUCCUGAUCCAGUUCUCUCGAAAAUCGCUGCUGCAAAAGGUGCUCAAAAUAGGAAUUCACCGAUCGUGCAAAUUAAUGGACCUAACUCAGCAACACCACCUUUGAAGGACUGGAGUAAAAAUAGAGCAAUGGUGCGACUGAUCAACACAAGAAUAACACACAGACCACAAAUCAAAUUCAAGGAUAAAAUUGACAAUAGGAACAUCCCUUUUGAGCCCAGAAUAACAGAUAAGCCGAAUUCAUUGAAGCCUCUGGCUAUAUUGGUAGAGGAGGACGAAGAACAUGGAGAAAGUUUCAGUCAUCCAUACGAAUAUGAACUGGACCUUUUCAAACCGAGAGAAGAACAACUUCUUCACAGACAACCAAUAGCAUACAAAGCGUUGGAUGAGGUGCCAUUUCUGAUUGUCAAUGACAACAAAUCAUUAGAAGAAAUGAUGAACCAUCUGAAAUGUCAGAAUGAAAUAGCUGUAGAUGUAGAGCAUCAUUCGUAUAGGACAUUCCAAGGAAUUACGUGCUUACUACAGAUUUCGUCCAGAGAGAGAGACUUUGUGAUUGACGCCUUGGAACUGAGAGACAGGUUACAUGUUCUCAAUGAUGUUUUCACCGACCCUAAAAUUGUCAAGGUAUUACACGGAGCCGACUCGGAUAUCCAAUGGCUGCAGCGUGACCUGUGUGUUUAUAUUGUGAACAUGUUUGACACACACCAAGCUGCUCAAGUUCUCGACUUCCAUAGACUUAGUCUCGCUCAUCUGUUGAAGGUUUUCUGCAAUAUUGAUUCGAAUAAAACUUAUCAGCUCUAUGACUGGAGGACAAGGCCUCUGUCAGACGAAGCCAUUAGAUAUGCCAGGGAGGAUACUCACUAUCUUCUUUACAUUUACGACCUCCUUCGGAAUCAAUUGAUAGAAAAAUGUAAGAAUAACACAAACCUGCUAGAAAGCGUCAUCUACAGAAGUACACAGAUAUGCAAAAAGAAAUACUGGAAAGUGAUGUUAAAUGAAGAGAGUCACAUGGAUCUGUACAGGAAAAGUAGGAAAUUGUACGACAAUCGCCAAAUGUACGCCCUUCGACGUCUCUACAUGUGGCGGGACAAAAUCGCUCGAGAAGAAGAUGAAAGCUAUGCGUACGUUCUUCCUAACCAUAUGUUACUGCAAAUAUCUGAAUCGCUUCCAAGGGAAAUGCAGGGCAUAUUGGCAUGCUGCAAUCCUGUGCCACACCCUAGUUCGACAGAAUUUAUGAUGAUUCAAAAUUCUUUUAGAAGCCAGAGAGCAGUCGCUUGUGAAGAAGCAUAUUGAGACAGAAGCUCAAAGACAGUCAAUAGAGCAGGCGCCGAAUUGGAAGCCAGUGAAUGUGGAGAGUAAGCUGUACUGCCCGCAUGACCUUUCCUGCAGCGAUGAGUUGCCUGAGAACUUGCCCACUGUCUUGCUGGGGGGCUUGAGGCUGGAACCUGCCAAUUGCGCCCUCACUGCAAAAUGCGCCAUCAAUGUGUUCGCUGAUGAACAGGUGAGUUU